AUUAGAUGGCUAGUAACGAGGAUCAAUCACAUGAUGAUGAUAUUGAUGAUGGAGAUCAUGAGAACAUUGUUGAUCAGGAAGCGGAAAUUAGAAGAGGAAUAACACUUAUGAAGAAAGUCAUUCGGAAUAGAGACCGAGGCAUACUAUUAGAUGCGCAUUGGAGCGAAAGUGGCCUACUAAUUGAGCCUAACGGUUCAAAGAUUACAGGUUUUAUUGGUGCACUCGUAAGGAAUGCAAUUCCAAUUACUUGUGAUGAUUGGAGAGAUACAAAUUUGGAAGAAGCUAAAGACAAACUUUGGAUUGAGAUACAGAGGAGUUUCAACAACAUGGAGGAUAAUAGAAGAAAAAUUUGUCUCAAGUUGGCCGGAAGACUACUAAGAGGGUUUAGGACAUUUUUAACUAGGAGAUAUCUUAGGGAUGCGAAUAAAAAUUUUGUUGAUGCAGAGUAUCCAAAAAGAUAUAGCAGUUUGAUUGCACCUGAAGAAUGGGAAACGUUUAAAGCAAAACGAAAAAACCCAAAAUUUCAGAGUAGAAGUGAAACAAAUCGGCAAAGAGCAUCAGGUCCCCCAUAUCCAUACAGAAAAGGGCGUAUGGGAUAUGGACGCUUAGAACAGUCUAUUUUAACAAGGGAGAGUAGUUCUGAAACAUCUAUUCCACCACAUGUUUUGUGGAAGGAAGCCUGUGUGGGAAAGGAUGGAGUUGUCAAAGAAGAUGUUCAAAAAGUUUUUGAAAAAUGCGAGACUCUAUCUCAGUUUAUAUCUCCAGAUGAAGGCAAUGAUUGCAAGAUCAUACUUAGCCGCGCAUUAGAUGCUCCUGAAUAUUCUGGUCGGGUGAGGGGUAAGGGAUUUGGAAUCACUCCAACAUCCUUGAAGAUGAAAAAACAGAAGGCUCCUAGCAAUAGAGAACUGCAGGAAACCUUGUAUGCACUACAAGCUGAAGUCCGCGAAUUGAAAAGGGAAAAACAAUUGAGAGAGCAAGCUUCAGGUUGUAAAGCUACUAGUGACAAGGUUAGUGUCGGUUGUAAUUUUCAACCGGAUCUUCUAGAGGGCAUUUCACCUUGCCAACUCUACUUAUCGUCACCGACUUAUCGGAUGGUUGGUAAGGGAAAAGUGCAUAAUACUUUGGGAGAAUUACUUCACACUAGACCGCUCCCUACUGGUUGUUUGAAAGUAUCGGUUGACAUUGCUUUAGAUAAGGAUGCGUUAUUACCGCAUCCUGACGAUGUUUCAGAUGCCACAUUGGUGGGAGAUGCAAUAGGUUCAUUUCUUGCAUGGCCGUCAAGCCUAAUUAGUACUCCAACAAAAUCCAAAGCAAAAGACAAGGAGCCUCCGCGGAAAAUCGAGCAUGCUAAAGAGAUUGAAGAUGUCAGUAAGGGUAAGAAGCCUGAAAAGGUUGUUGCUAAGAAGACCGCGGCUAAGAAAAAACCUACUCCCAAUAAGUUUAGGUCGUGCCUUUUAACUUCUUUACAACUCUCUGAUAUUCCGCAAGGAAACACCCGUCUUGUACCUAUGGAGGAAGAUGUGUUUGGUAUUGAGCAUCAAGAAACAAUUACGUUAUACAAGUUUUUCGAGCACAAAGAGGAAGUCAAGUACCAAAGAGUAAAGCCAACAACAUCACAUGGAUUCGAGUGGAGUGUCCUGGGCAGCGUAAUGAAGUAGAUUGCGGUUUUUACAUGUUGCAGUUUAUGAAAGAAAUUCUUCUUUCGAAUCAAAUAGAGAUUUCGUCAAGGUAU